AUGUUUCGAGAGCUCUCAGAGUCCUCGGGCAGCGAGUGUCUGGGCAGCAUGACCCCUGAGACUCAGGACAUCUACCUGAGAAUGGAUCAUCACCGCAGGCGCUCCGGGUACCGGCUGGGCAGGAUCAUCGCCAGGCAGCAGCUGCUCAAGAGGAUUGCUGGAGAAAUUGAAGCAAAAGAGGCGUGUGACUGGCUGCGGGCAGCAGGAUUUCCCCAGUAUGCUCAGCUCUUUGAAGAUUCUCAGUUUCCAAUUGACAUAACCCCCGUGAAAAGAGAUCAUGACUUUCUUGACAAAGACCUUGUGGAACCUCUGUGCAGGCGACUCAACACACUGAACAAGUGUUCAUCCAUGAAACUUGAUGUGAACCUUCCAAAGAAGAAAAGUGAAGACUCUGAUGAAGAAGACCUGUUUGCCAUCAGUGACAAAUGGACCUUCGAGUGGAGUAGCAGGCGCUGGUCCAGGUUACAGGACAUUGAUUGUCUGCUGAGAAACCACAGAGAAAGCCAAACCUCCCGGGACGUGGUGCCUCUGAAAACCACCACCAGCAGUGAGAGCGUUCUGACGGACCUCAGCGAGCCGGAGAUCUCCUCUUUGCACAGCGAGAGCAGCGGAGGCAGCGGCCAUCGGGGCCCCAGCACAGAAGACUCGGACUGCUCCAACCGAACCGGCUCAGAUUCUGCCGCCAUGCCAGACUCCACUUCUCUAACAAUGCCUCACAUCUCCAAAGAAUUUCCUCACUAUGGUUCUCUACCGGAUAAGCAUGGCAAGACAAGCCGCACCCGAGCCAAAGACUUCCUGAAGCGCAUGGAGACGCUGCGGUCGCGUGGAACUCUGGUAAAGAGCCGGAAGACGCUGGUUAUCAGCUCCCCCGUGCUGCAGCAGGAGGCCCAGGCGCUGAGGACGCUGCGCUGUGUCGAGAUCAUAAACGGAGAUAGCGGCGCUCCAGAGCCGCCGUCCAGCAAUGUUGUGCCACCCCAGUUUAGCAGUGAGGGAAGCAGCCAUUCCAGCGGCAGCACGGUCAGCACGCCCAGCCUGAAAGAGCGCAAGCCUCACCGAGCCGACCACAAACGCAGCGGCAUGUAUUUGGAGGACGUGGACAUCUUCUCCGGCACUCAGAUGAAAAGCGUUGCGGAACAAAACCGCAGAAAUGAAUUUUGCUCCUACGAGGACCUUGUGGUCCACAUUCCUAAAGACCAUAAACCAGGAACUUUUCCCAAAGCACUUUCCAUAGAAAGCCUGUCCCCGACAAAUGGAACUUCCAUUAACUGGCUCUCUGAUAGCAUUCACCUGGACUCCCCUCUGAGCUCCUGCAGAAAGGAAUCCAGGCCCGCCACCCAGUGCUGCUCCAGAGGCAGCCGCAUUAGCGUGUAUGAUAACGUUCCAGGGUCGCAUCUGUAUGCCAGCACCGGUGACCUGAUAGACCUGGAAAAAGAGGACCUGUUUCCUCAUCUGGAUGAUAUACUGUUGCAUGUAAACGGUCUACAGCAGAUUGUGGACCACUGGUCAAAAAAUGUGCUACCUGGAGGAGAAGUCGUGGCUGGCCAGAGGGAAAAUACGCACGGUCUGCAGUCCUCUAGUCAGAUCACGCUGGAAUUCGAUGGAAAUUCAGUUGCAGAAAGUCAGACCACACCUAGUAAUGGAGAGAGAGACAAAGUGUCGCUUGUUGAUUCAACAAGGCUCAGGGAAAGGAGGGAUUCGGGAGUUGGUGCCUCACUCACAAGACCUAAUAGGUUGCGAUGGCCCAGCUUUCAGAUUUCCAAUCGGUUAAGUCACUCAGUGGCAUCCCUGCAGAUCACAAACCAGUCAGCGGGACAGCUGAGUUUGCUACAGAAGUUUUCUCUUUUGCGACUUACUGCAAUCAUGGAAAAGUACUCCAUGUCAAACAAGCAUGGCUGGACUUGGUCUGUGCCCAAAUUUAUGAAGCGAAUGAAGGUACCUGACUAUAAGGAUAAGAAUGUGUUUGGAGUGCCACUCAUAGUGCAUGUGCAGCGCUCCGGACAGCCUUUGCCACUCGGCCUGCAACAGGCCCUGCGAUACCUGAGGAGCCAGUGUCUUGACCAGGUUGGCCUGUUUCGUAAAUCAGGGGUGAAGUCUCGAAUUCAGGCUCUGAGGCAGAUGAACGAAAGUUCUCCAGACAAUGUGAACUACGAGGAUCAGUCUGCUUACGAUGUGGCUGACAUGGUGAAGCAGUUUUUCAGGGAUUUACCUGAACCCCUACUCACCAGCAAGCUGGGGGAGACUUUCCUCCACAUUUACCAGUAUGUGCCAAAGGACCAAAGGUUGCAGGCUGUCCAGGCAGCAAUCAUGUUGAUGUCUGAUGAAAACCGGGAGGUGCUGCAGACGCUCCUCUGCUUCCUCAGUGAUGUCACGUCCUCAGUGGAGGAGAAUCAGAUGACACCCAUGAACAUCGCCGUGUGCCUGGCCCCCUCACUCUUCCACCUUAACAUACUGAAGAAGGACAAUCUCUCACCAAAGGCAAUGCAGAAGAAGUAUUCUACAGGCAGACCAGACCAGAAGGAUCUUAAUGAAAACUUGGCAGCAACACAGGGCCUUGCUCAUAUGAUAAUAGAGUGCAAUCGUCUCUUUGAGAUCCCUCAUGAGAUGGUUACUCAGUCACGCAAUUCAUAUGUGGAGGCUGAUUUGCAUGCACCAACUAUUGAUGAACUGUGCAAACAGCUGGAGGACGAUGAUGGAACAUACCAAACACAUAUGGAGGGAAAACUUCAGAAUCUGCUGAAAGAGGCUCGGGAAAAGUCCAAAUACUGGGUGUCAUGCAGCAGCACUGAUAACACAGAGCUUUACUAUAAGAAGGUGGGAGAUGGAAACCCUUUGAGAAGGUGGAGAGUGUCCGUAGAAGUGGAAGCGCCGCCAUCUGUUGUGUUGAACCGAGUGCUGCGAGAGCGCCACCUGUGGGACAUCGACUUGCUUCAGUGGAAAGUGUGUGAGACGCUGGACAAACAGACUGAGGUGUUUCAGUUCGUCCUGAAUCGAAUGCCCCCUCAUCCCAGCAGGGACUUUGUAGUUCUCAGGUCUUGGAGGACAGACUUGCCCAAAGGUGCUUGCUCCCUGGUUUCUGUAUCCAUAGAGCAUGAGGACUGUCCCUCAAUAGGGGGGGUACGAGCUAUAAUCCUAGAAUCCAACUACUUGCUGGAACCUUGUGGUUCAGGAAAGUCCAGACUCACUCAUAUCUGCAGAGUAGACUUGAAGGGAAGAACCUCAGACUGGUACAACAAAGCAUUUGGUCAUCUCUGUGCUGCUGAAGCUGCCCGGAUUCGCAACUCCUUUCAGCCACUCAUCACAGACGGCCCAGAGACCAAAAUCUGACAUCUUCUGCCAAUCGUCUCUUCUGCCUCCAACUCAAGACUGAGCCUUUGAGUCUAUGCUAACAGACAGAGGCCAAAAUAUGUACCAGACCCCAGAACUAAAGCACAGUGUAUUUCGGAUAAAUGCUCUGAAAAAUAAUUUGAUGCCUCAAUGUUCUCGCACAAUGACAAGAGGACAUUUUAUAGGUGCUGAGCAUAUUUCUUCGAUGGGAAACUAAUAAUCCUGCCAAUGUCCUCGAUGUUAUGAUUUUAUUUACCUUAGUGCUAAACUAUUAAGAAUAAUUAUCUUUAAUAAUAAUAUUUCAAUAAUGUAUCAUCUACAAUGUCUAGGACAUUCAAACUCUAAAAUGCUUCUGAGAAGCAGUAUGUGUUAUUCAUAUCAGAUUUAAAGCUAUAAUUAUUAUCUACACUCAAGUGUCUGUACAUAUGUAUGAAUUUAUGCUAAAUGCAAACAGUCUGUAUAUAUUAUAAAUAUGUGAAUGGAUAAAAAAUUCACGUAAAUUUCUUAUAUACUGAUUCAUUAAUUGUGUUUGUCUUCUUGUAAUACACAUGGUACAAGAUUGUAAGCUGGUUUUACUUUGCUUCAGUAUUGACAGUUUUUGGUUUUGGUGUAAACUCAUCAAACUUUGACCUCAAAUGGUUGCAAAGAAUAUGACUUAAGGUUUGAUUUGAUCAUACCUGCUUUAGGGUACUGGAUUCUAUCGUCAGGUACAAGAGACAUUGUUUUGUAAUAAAAUGAUCAAAAUAAUAAAACA